AUGUCGGAUACUUUGCUCGAAAGCUACGUGGAGAAGAAUCAGCUCCAGUUGAACGACAAAGCAGCAUCAACAUCAUCCAUCAUUCUAAAUGGUAGCGAGUUAACAAUUCCGCAACUGGUUGACAUUGCUCGUUGCUCGUUUGAUUCGCCAACGAAAGUUGAGCUAACACAUGAUCCACAAAUAGUUAAGAAGAUGAAAGAGUCGUGUGAGUUCAUUGAUAAAGUCGUACGAGAAGCACAACCAUUGUAUGGCGUUACAACCUUGUUUGGUGGUAUGGCCUAUAAAUCAAUAACGAAUCAAUAUCAAGACGCCUGCGAUUUACAGAAUAAUAUGCUAUUUUUUCACAAAACUGGUGCAGGGUGUUAUUUGCCAUUGGAAGAUGUUCGAGCAGCCAUGGUACUGAGAGCUAAUUCCCAUUUGGUUGGUGUGAGCGGAAUCAGAAUAGACAUUGUUGAACGUUUGUUACUGUUCGUUAAUCAACAAGUUACACCGUUUGUUCCAGAAUUCGGUUCAAUUGGGGCCAGCGGUGAUCUUAUCCCGCUUACGUACAUUGCUGGAUCUCUAUGUGGUGUUAAUGAAACAUUUUCGGUUGAUGUUCGUGGCAAAACGAUGACGGCUAUUGAAGCUUUGAAAGAACUUGAUUUAGAACCGAUCAGUUUGUUGCCAAAAGAAGGCUUAGCAAUGUUAAACGGAACGAGCAUGAUGACAGCAUCAGCCGCACUAGCCACAUAUGAUUUAAAAAUUCUUAUUGCUGCUACACUCCAUAUUCAUGCUUUGGCUAUUCAGGCUAUGCUAGGUAACACAAUGCCAUUUCACCCGUUUAUUCAUGAAAAGAAGCCACACAAAGGACAGAAAUAUGUUGCUCGUACAAUGUGUGAUUUAUUAAAUGAAAGUAAAAUGAUUAAUUGCUGUUUGGAUGGUAAACAUAUUAUGAUACCCAAUGUUUUAAUCCAAAACCGCUAUUCACUGAGAUGCAUCCCACAAUAUCUGGGACCGUUCAUUGAAGCGCUUGACCAAAUAACACAAACAAUCGAAAUUGAAAUGAAUUCGGCAAACGAUAACCCCUUGAUUGAUACCGAAAAUGAAAAGGCUUAUUCAGCCGGCAAUUUCUUUGGUGAACAUGUGAGCACAUCAAUGGAUCGCCUUCGAUACAUUGUUGGACUAAUCUCAAAACAUACGGAUGUCCAGAUGGCUCAGCUAGUCACAGCAGAAUUUAGUAACGGAUUACCAGCAUGUUUAAUUGCGAAUCCUGAACGAACAGUGAACAUGGGUGUUAAAGGUCUUCAGCUGUGCGGGAACGCAAUCAUGCCUUAUCUUCUGUUUAUGGGUAAUUCCAUUGCUGAUAGGUAUGCAACAUAUGCUGAGCAGUACAACCAGAACAUAAAUACACUGGGUCAAAUGUCAGCCACUUUAGCGAGACGUUCAACAAUGAUAAUGAAACAACAUGUUGCAAUCGCGUUGAUGAUUUGUGUACAAGCUGUUGAUCUGAGAACACAUCUCAUUCUGAAAGAUACUUAUGAUGCAAGAGAGCUACUUUCACCUUUGACGAGUCACACCUACGAAGCCAUACGUGAACUGAUCAAAGUCCAAAUUCGAAAAGACAAGCCAUACAUUUGGAAUGAUAAUGAACAAGCUUUAGACGAGCAUAUUAAGCUCAUUGCCGAUAAUUUAACAAACAAAAAUUCAACAAUAUACAAAGCCUUACAGCCAACAAUUGAGCAAUUGAGCAAUGUCAAGAUCUGCAAUUAG